GUGAAAACUGAAAAUUGGCACUACUAGCGAGUCAACUGUCAAUGCGGCGAUACAGUUUUCACUCGCUCGUUUGCGAUGCUUGUGCGAAAUGCACUAUCGCGUCAUUUCUGUACUAAAUUAUAUCGGAAGAAGAAGCAGAGGCACUAAAAAGAAUCGCCGUGUUCUCCACCAUUUUCCGCCAUUUUGAAAGCUACGAGUGUAAAAUUUUGUGAUUCGUCAGGGAGCGCGUUGAUAUUCAAGUUAUUCGAAAAUUGCAGAAUAAAAUCAUAAAUAAUAAAGAAAAUAAGUGGAAUUUGUUGGUAAACUACCCGCGGUAGUGUUUGUGUAUGAAAACAGUUGUCGAAAAGUUUUGUUUGCUAGUUUUUUCCAAGAAAAAAUUUCUGUUCUGUACCAGCGAAAAGGGCUAACCAAACGCAGAAAACAGCAAGCCUACUGCAAGAGCGAGUAGCAACAAAAUUCACGGUCUGCAGCCGCGGCCGCAAAAACUAUAAAAGGCAGAAUUUAGAAAUACAACUGAAGAAAUUGAUUAAAUACAUCUUCAUAAAUUUGCAGUUGCUUGACGUGUUUGACGAUAAAAAAAUAGACUACAAGUUUUCGCGCAAUUCCUCUUCGUUUCGUUUCCAGACCUUACAAUCGCCGCAGAACAUAUUUAAGUCGGUCAAUAAGUACAUACAAAGUGACCAUUCCACAGAUCGUGAAGUUUGUCCCAAAAAAAAAUUCUGAACCCUUAUCGUGGUAAAAUGGACAAUUCAACAUGAAGGAAUUAAAGAGGUUAUCUUUGAAGGCCACACAUUAUUUGUAUUAAAUUGUUGUCGCUGUGUCAGUUUAAUCAUCUAAUUAGUAGAAAAACUAUUUGCACUGUGCAAAUUGACGUUUAUCAUAGCUGAGCCGAAGUUAUAAAAGAAAGUGCAAGUGGCAGAUGCAAGUAUUUGCAUAGUUGUGGAGAACUGUGAAAUUGCAAUCCAUCACAUUUCUUUUUUAAGGUCAAAGUGUUAUAUUAUUUCAAGAGGAGGAGUGUUUUGAACACAUACACUAAACACGUAGAAUUGAGAGACGAAAACGUAGACAUUAGAAAUUCUGUAUAAGACACAAUGGACAAAAAUAUGAUGUUGCCGAAGCGUUCACGCUUGGACGUGAAGGGUACAUUUGCCAAUGGACCGUUGCAGGCACGGCCAUUGGUGGCGUUACUUGAUGGUCGCGAUUGUUCGAUUGAAAUGCCUAUACUGAAAGACGUGGCCACAGUGGCCUUCUGUGACGCACAAAGUACAUCAGAGAUUCAUGAAAAGGUUUUAAACGAAGCUGUUGGCGCACUAAUGUGGCAUACCAUAAUCCUUACAAAGGAGGAUUUGGAAAAAUUCAAAGCUUUACGUAUCAUAGUGCGGAUUGGCAGUGGUACGGAUAACAUCGAUGUGAAAGCAGCGGGCGAACUUGGCAUUGCCGUCUGUAAUGUACCCGGUUAUGGCGUUGAAGAAGUCGCAGAUACAACAAUGUGCUUGAUAUUAAAUUUGUAUCGAAGGACCUAUUGGCUGGCGAAUAUGGUGCGGGAAGGCAAAAAGUUUACCGGGCCUGAACAAGUGCGAGAAGCAGCGCACGGCUGCGCUAGGAUUCGGGGAGAUACCUUAGGUUUGGUAGGACUUGGCCGCAUCGGUAGCGCCGUCGCCUUGCGAGCAAAAGCAUUUGGCUUUAACGUUAUAUUUUACGAUCCUUAUCUUCCGGAUGGUAUCGAUAAAUCACUUGGCCUAACUCGCGUCUACACCCUACAAGAUUUGCUAUUUCAAUCCGAUUGCGUUUCGUUGCAUUGCACACUCAACGAGCAUAACCACCACUUAAUCAAUGAAUUCACAAUUAAACAGAUGCGACCUGGUGCAUUUUUGGUAAACACUGCACGAGGUGGGCUGGUCGAUGACGAGACAUUAGCUCUGGCUCUAAAACAAGGCAGAAUAAGAGCUGCAGCUUUAGACGUGCACGAAAACGAGCCCUACAAUGUAUUCCAAGGAGCCCUUAAAGACGCUCCAAAUCUUAUAUGUACACCACAUGCAGCCUUCUUCAGCGAUGCAUCCGCAACUGAGUUGCGAGAAAUGGCAGCAACGGAGAUACGACGGGCAAUAGUCGGCAAUAUUCCAGACGUCUUAAGGAAUUGUGUGAAUAAGGAAUACUUCUUGCGAACACCGGCUGUAGCUGCUGCUGCUGCAGCUGCGGCAGUGUACUCAGAAGGACUAAAUGGCGGAUAUUAUUCAGCGGGCGGACUGCAACAGGCCCACAGCACUACACACGAUGUACCGCACAGUGCAGCUGGCAGCUCACUAGUCGCUCCACCACCGCCAUCGGUAGUAAAUCCGUCGCCAGUUCCUACGGUGCCGCCGGUGCAUAUACCGCCGCAAGUUGGAUUACCACAUGGACUUGUGAGUAGUAAAUCGCCCCUGAAUGCACCAGACCCUAAUAACCAUCUUUCCUCUGCUUCAAACAAACCAGAGCCAUCAGAGGUCCAAUAGUUCAAAAGCGCCAACAAUUAGGAGAGGACUCAUUAAGCAAGCAUUGUGAAAGAAAAAAAACCUUAUAAAUAAAUAAAAGUCAAUAGUGAAUUAUUGGAACCGUAAAUUGACCUGAAGAUAAAAAAUACGCGCAUAGAACCAAAACUCAAUCCCAUACAAAUUCCUGUAAUAGUUUUUCCGAUCUUAUAUUUUAACGACGCCGAUCAGCAGCAAAGCGAAGAUGUAAUUCAAUAUUUAAACAAAAAAAAACAGCGAUUUUAGAAUAAAGAACACAUCUAAGAAACGUUUAUACAUACAAAUGUAAUAAACAAGGAGCUACUCGUCGAUGCGUCGCCGUUGUCAAUCAUCAUGAACAUAUUGACCUACACUUAGCACUUAGUACAGAUACAGGCAGCAUAUUAAUGUAGUUACUUAGUUUAAAUGAGAAAAAAAGAAACAAGUAAAAAAAAAACAGCGAAAAACAAUGACUUAUUCAACAGCAUCCGUCAGAGUAUUUGGUUAAAACUUUAAAUCUUAAACAAGUAUUUGCUUAUGUAUAUAAGUAAAUCAAGUAUUUCUUAAUAGGAAUAUAAACACGCUUAUUCGUUCAUUAAUAUUUACAUUGUUCAAAUAAAAAACGUAAUUGGUUUCAGAGUAUUGAACAAAAUAUAAACUUUUUAAGAAUUAUGCCCAUUACAAAAUUUUUAGUUGAGAAAUUAUAGAAAAUUUCUACCAUAAUGCGUCUUGUGUAUUUUUGCAAUUAAUUAAUGUAAAUCUGUUAAAUAUUUUUGUUUUACAUUAUUUUAAAGCCCGCUUUUGCAGUCUCUUUUUUCAUUUUUUUUCAACUGGAAUUUAACUGCCGCUCAUAUUUAAACGCUUUAUAGGUAUUUCAAACAGAGUUCAGCGAUUAGGCAAUUCAAUAAUUAGUGAGCACUUUAAGGCAUUUUUAGUUUACAACUACAAAUUUUGAACUAUAGGCAGCGAAAUUUAAUGUUUAAUACGCAUAAAGCAGUGGGUUUUUGUAGUGAGUUACCAGUAAAAUUCGCUCAUCGUAAAUACAUACCUAUAUAUGUGUUUAACAUUUUUAAAUCUAUAACUCUUCAAGUCGUUCACAAUAGUAUAACAGAAGUUUUAAGCUCACUUUUGUUGAACUUUUUUUAAUUUUUUAGCAGUACAGUUUAACAUUUGGGAAAUUGCAAGGAACAAACAUGCGUACAUAUUUACACAGAUAUGCAUAAAUGUGCAUCUUCAAAUUGAAGUUAAAAAUAAAAUAAAAAUAAAAACAUUAUUUAUCAUAAUUUAGUUUGAGUUCUAAGAUGUCAGUCUGCGUUCCUGUCAAUUCUAUUGCGAAUCACGCUGUGAAACCGCCAAAAGGCUGUUAAAGCGAUGUUGAGAUUAUUUUGAUGUAAUCAAGAUUCAAUAAUUUGAGCCUUC